AUGCCGUCGUUUUUCUGCCUGCCGAUCGCCUGCAAACGGCAGAUCGACUCGUUGGACCGGCGCCAGAACAACCUCUACGAUGUCCCCUCGGAUAUUGACAAGUUUGUUCUUUUUCUGUGGUCUUUUCCAAGGAAAUCGUUGAGUUACUGAUAGGAGAGAAAGUUAAAAUUCCGACAAAAUCUGGAUUCUGCUAAAACCUCAGCCUAAGCAAGAAUAAUUGCUACGAUAUCCGAUUUUUUGUGCAACUUUCAAAGAAAAUUUUGAAAACUUUUAGAGUUACUCAUUUGAGAAAAAGUCAAGAUUCUGCUGAAGCGGUUUUUUUAUAAAAUGAUUCAAACUCAACUUUUCAGAUAUCGAAGGACGUUGGAGUACCUUCAGCUGUCGAUGAAUCACAUUGAGGCUCUGCCAAAGGUAUCUUCAACCUUCUUUUUUCUUUCUUCGAAGAAAUUUUUUUAUUUUUGUCUACUUCAAUCGACCUUUUUUGAUUAUUCCCUCUUCAGAAGCUCUUCACUCUGCGCCUUUUGCGAGUUUUGGACGUUAGCGACAACGAAAUCGCCGUUGUCCCGCCGGACGUCGCGAAACUCUCUUCGAUGGUCGAGUUGAAUUUGAGCAGAAAUAGUUAGUUUUUCCACUUUCUAGAGACAAAAAGUUCGUUUUACUCAGAAAUAACCGAUCUACCUGAGGAAUUGAAAGAAUGCAGAGAGCUCAGGAUAUUGGAUCUCAGUGGCAACGCCAUCACUCGGUUGGUUCCUUCAAAAUCGAAUUAUUCCGUGUUUCAACUUCUAAAAAACGAGAUAAAAGUUUGGGGAUCUCUAUGUUGCUCCAAGGGAAAAAUCCUCAUUUUUUCGUUAAUUUUUGAACAGAAGUUCUUGCUCUUUUGAUUCAUUUCUAGCCAAUUUUCUCGACUUUUUUUUUAUCUAGAUAAUAAAAUGUUGGGAUUUUAAGGAAACGAAAACUACUUUUCAAAAAAAUUAAAAAAAAAAGAUCUCCCACAUAAUUUUUUUUCACAUAAAAGAGAUAAGAAUUUUUCAAUUUUCGGUAGGAUUUUGGCAUUUUUGAAAUCUCAAUAGAAAACCGUAAGUUUAUUUCUUGUUCAAAUUAUUUUUUUUAAAUUUCUUUUUCAACAUCUUUAAUUGGAAUAUUUCUACCGCUCCGUCUAUUUUUUUGUAUACAGUUAACUAUCGACUGACGAGGAAAUUUCUUUUUUUGCUCUUGGUUUAUUUUUUUGAUGAACCUUUGCUUAACUCUAUGUCAAGACCUUCUCUUCUUGAAACAUGACGAAAAAUUUUUUGCAAUAUAUCUUAUUUUUAAUUUAUGAAGCUUCAAAAGCUUCAAAUGACGCGUUUUCUCCCCAGUUUGUGUAGUCUUUGAACAACGAAGCGUCACAGCUAAAAAAACGAAACUUUUCCGAAAAAAAUUUUUUUAAUCUAAAAAAACAAAGACCCUUGAGAACUGCUCAGUGAAAUUUCAACGAAAACUGAGAGGGAUGCCAAUAAAAAGUUACCUUGUUAGUGUAGAAAUGUUUUUCCUGCCAGAUAAACAUUGUUCUAGUCGGUUGCUUGGAACAUUUAGCAAUUUAACACAUUUCCAUAAUUUCUUAUAGAUUCCCCGACGUGCUGGUCAAGUGCGAGUCGAUCAUGUCCCUGUGCUUGCUCGACGUUUCCCUGACAGCCCUGCCUCAAAAUAUCGGACAACUCAAAAACCUCCGCAUUUUAGAGGUGCUCAUUCAAAAUAUGUUAUGGAAUAAUUUCUUUUCAUUUUGUAGGCCCGUGAUAAUUUGCUCCGAAAGGUACCCUCUUCGAUCGUUGACCUGGCCAAUCUUCAAGUUCUGGACCUCGGCUUGAAUGAAAUCAAUGAAAUUGUGAGUUUUUUUUGAUUCAUAUCGGCUUCUAUAGCGUGCAUUUUCAUGGAAUAUCUCGAUUUAUUGAACUUCUGACAUUGAAAUUCAUUUUUGAAGAGCUCUUUCAAGACCUCGCUGCUAUAGGUUUCUAACAUGUAAUUCAAUCGGAGAACCUCUAUUAUUCGUAUUAUGAAGUCACGCUUCAAGGAUUUUAUGGUUUAUUUUUCCCAAGUUUGAAGUCCUCGCCUUUUUAAAAUCCUAUGGGCACUGAAAAGUUUUAUAUAUUUGGAAUCUUGGAGCUGAACGACGUGGGAUCUUAAGGGUUUUGGCAAACGUGAUAGUUUUGGCGUUUUUUUUUACUCGUUUUUAAUUGCUCUUGUUUAUUUAUUUAUUUAACUAAUUCAUGAUUUCUCAUUCGUUUUUCAAAUAGCUUCAAUCUCUUAUCGACUGACUGGAAAUUAAUAGUUAUUUUGCAGCCCGAAGACAUGGGAAAAAUGGAGAGUCUCCGGGAGUUUUACAUCGACUCGAAUGGUUUGAAUACCUUGCCGGAAAGUAUCACGAAAUGUCGCCAAUUGGAACAAUUGGGUUGGUUCAUCAUUGACUUUUUUUUUGCUACAAAUUGAUACGAUUUCGAAGGGUAUUUCAUUGGAAAAAAUCUAUCAAAAAAAUUCAACUUUUGAUAUUUUUUUCAUGAUUCUUUUGGAUAAAAAACUUUCUAAAAAAAGAAAUUUGAGUUGAUUGCAAAUUUCUAUAGAUUCCAACCAAGAAAAAGACAUAGAAGCCUUUUGGAAGGUCAAUUUUAAUCAUAUUUGGAUUAAUUUCGUUAUUUAUAGAUGUGAGCGACAAUAAAUUGAUGGUUCUCCCGGCAGAUAUGGGCGAUUUGGUCAAUUUGACAGACGUUUGCGUCUCUUUGAAUAGCCUCGAAGUGUUCCCGAACUCGAUUGGUUGGUUAAAUACGCUUUUUUUUUUGUUUCAGAAGUCUUUUUAUUGCAUUCUUCUGACUAUAAAAUCGUUUUCAGGCCGGUUAAAAAAGCUGUCAAUUCUGAAAGCCGAUCGAAAUUGUCUGACAGAACUGACGGAAUCGAUUGGCGACUGUGAAUCUCUCGUCGAGUUGCACCUUUUCGAUAACUUGUUAUCUGUGAGAUCAUCUUGGAAGUUGCUCAUCUUACUGAUUUGAACUUUCCAGGAAAUCCCGCAGAGUAUUGGGCAAUUGAGGAAGUUGAAUAUGCUGCACUUGGCCAAGAAUCAGAUCACAGCUUGUCCUGAAACGGUAAACAUUGUUUUUAAGAGAGAAAUUGAAGAUUAAUUGUUUGCAAAAAUAUUGAGUAUGAUUUUUGUUUAGUUCUGUUCCAGGAAAGUUUCAAAUUUCAAAGAUACAGACUUUUGUUAGAUGACUUUGUGACAUUUUUUCUAUCUUUCCCCUAAUCAGUUAUUUUUUUCAGAUUGGCUCAUGCGAAUCAUUAUCAGUGCUCAUUUUGCGAGAUAAUUCGAUUUGCGACCUUCCGAUGACGAUCGGAAAAUGCGAGAAUCUGAAGGUUUUGGACGUGGCCGCCAAUAAAUUGACCUUCCUUCCCUUCACAAUCAAUGUCCUCUACAAACUGCAGGCUCUGUGGCUCGCGGUUAAUCAGGUUUCCGAGGAGUCGAUCCAAAAUUCAGCCUGAUUUCGAUUAUUUCAGCCCCAAACAAUGGUGAAAUUGUCGCGGGAACGGGAUCCGAGGACGGGAAUGCAGGUUUUGACGUGUUAUUUGUUGCCGCAGGCCAGUGCUGCCAAUGGUCAGUUUUUCUUUUUUUUUCACUAAUACAUUUCCCAGUAAUUCGGGCUUCCAUGCCCGUCCUAUCUUAUUAAAAUCAUCGAAAGAAAAAGUUUUCUAUCAGGGUUUUGCGGUUCCGGAAGAAAUUCUCGAUAAGUUAGUUCCCUAAUAAGUUUUUCGAAACUUCUGAGCUUCCAAGUACUUUGAAAGUUAGAGAAAGUAGAAGAUUUUUCGUAUUUCAACUUUUGAAUCUGUUUCGAGUAAUAUUCUGCACUACGCUGUGUACUGAAAAAUAUGAACAGUUCUUUUUUCGGCUAAAAAAGUUGAAUUUAGUUUUAAUUAGCCCCAAACGUGGCAGAUUCCCACAGGUUUUACAAAAUUUUUAAAAAUAUGAUAUUAGACAUUUUUUAAAAAGGCGGAGCCAUCCAAUCACGCUGUGGGAAUCCGCUGCGUGUCAUUGGAAGAGAGCCGCUUUCAAAGCUACGCCGAAAAAAUUGUGGAAACGCGCUGAAUUGAACUGGAGAAGUGACUUAAAAAACCCUUGGAUCUAAUUUGCUACGCGCGUCGAAUUAGCUUUGAACGCGGCUGUUGACUGUAAACUUGUUUAGAAAUUUGUUUUUUUUUUUCUGAUAAUGAUAUCUGGAGUUUUCAGAAGAAGAACGGGCGCAGUCUCGGUCGUUCCUCGGCGGACCGAAGGUGCACUUCCCAGACGAGGAGGCGACGGUCGACGAGGAGAAGGUUCUCGUGUUACUUCUUUCCCCGAGUUAUUCAAUCCAUAUUCAUUGGGUCGCGUUGUACAGUCACGCGUCGACAAAUAAAAUGCCCACAGAACAAAUAUGAAUAUUAAUGAGGGUUUUUUUCGGCCGAGGCUUGCGAAUGCCUCUUUUCCGCGGUUUUUGAAGUUUUUCGAAGGGUCACAGGGUUUUUUGGUCUUCGAAAAAAGUGUUUUGAGAGGGGUGAGGUGGAAUGAAAACCCUUCCGAAUCAUCAGAACGAUAAUUUCGGUUUCGGGUGACAAUAAUGGUAGCGUUGGAGGGACAAUUUGUAUUUAAAAAAAGUUCAAAUGUUAAAUCAAUUUUUGAAAGAGCUUCCGUUUUAAAAAUAAUUUUUUUAAAAAUUUUCUAAAAAGUUUCCUUUAAAUGUGAAGAGAACAGUUUAUUUUUUUCUAUGAAAGUUACGGCGUUUUGGCUCAUAUUAUGAAUCUGUCGAAGUUAUUUUUUUGAAUGACAAAUGAAGAAGAAGGAAGAAAAUUAAUAGACCAAGAAACAAUUUCUAUGAACAGUCUUGAAACUUCAUUUUUUAUUAAUCAUAUUUUGAGGGACCGAUUGGACAGUUCGAGCGUCAUAACACGCCGCAUCCGAAGCCGGCUAAAUUGAAGAAGAACAGUAUCGAUGGCCACAUUAUUCAUCAUGACGAGGUAUUUUCACGCUUGAUAGUCCACGAAGGAAAUCAUUUGAAUUUGAAAAUUUAUUUGAAAAACAACAUUUUAAUUUUUCGUUUUGCCCGGAUUUCUCUAUUUUUUUACCAUUCAAUGAAGUGAAUUAUGUAUGCAGGCGCGUAAAUGAGCUCAACGCACAUAAACUUAGAUUGUUUUAGGUAUAUGCAAAUUUUCAGGCUGUUGAAUAAGCAUAGGAAUAGAAAGGUUUCCCUCUGAAAAACUCACACGCACCUUUGCAUUUACGUUGCGUAAAAUUCCAUGCGUACGGGAUCAAAUUUUCAAUAGACUUUCUGUUGCAGGACCAACCGACCUCCCUGCUUCUCAAAAAGCCGACAAGCCCGCAGCAAUCGUUUGCGUCGCCGACGUCGCCGCCUUCUGCGGCGCCGCGCUCGUCGCUCAAGAAUCAGUCGCUGGACGAGUCUUCAGCGAGUAGAACACGGGCGGUGAGUUUCGAGCUGCGAGUUUUCAGUCGCGAUUCUGUAGACAUGAAUAUUCACUCGCGAGAAGAAAAGUUGAAAUUGUUUUCAAGUGAUCAACGGAGAGUAAUUUAUAACCUAUCAGUGAUUUUCCAUAUAAAUCAGCACUUUUUCAUUCAAAAUUUGGGGCAAAAAAAAAGAAGUUCAACUAGAAGGUUUUCGAUUCCAAAAAGGAUGUUGUCAUGGACUUUAAAAUUCUUUCUCAGUACAUUACGGCAUUUUGUAGAAUAAGGUGUUACGAACUUUGUUUUUUUUUUUGAUUAUCUUGGAGACGAAGUUUCGAACAAACUCAUGUAAGCAGAUGUUUGAGUUAAUAUAUUUUGGAGCCAUUUAGGAAAAAAAAGAAAGCAUAUUAUAUUAUUUUUGAACCUUAAAAAAGGUGUGAAAACUCGAAAAAUACCACAGAGAGGUGUAUCGUUCACAUUCGGCGACCCAACGUCGUCGAACGAGGAAGACGUGGAAGGCGUCUGUCCGCGACUGAAACGCGUCAACACCCCCCACUACAAGACGUUGCGAGGCUCCCACUCCAUGUCCAUGCAGCCGCAUUCGACCACGGUGAAUUUGGAUGGAUGAGAGACGUCGUGCCGUGGCUUCUUCUUCUUCUUCUUGUGUUGUCCUUCGUUGUGGCUCUUUUGGCUGGAUUGGAAUGAAUGAAGUGUGAACAAACGUUUGAGAACCUUUCGAGCUCCAUUGAUAGUUUGUUGGGAAAUGAUUUCAUUUUAUGAUUAGACAAAGCCUACUCGGACCUCGGUAACGAAAAAACGUUCCUGAGGACUUCUAGAAACUUUUUAGGGAAGUUGAAGUCGCAAAUAGAAAAAAUAAGCUUAUUAGGACUAAUUCAUGGAUUCUACUUUGAAAAAAAACUUUUGCGCCUUCAAACUGCUCAGAAUGAUGUUGUGAAUUUUCUACACGGAAAAAGAAGAUGUUAAAGUUUAUUUACUGUUCUUCUGAGCGUCAAAAGCAGUGAAGCGUCACGAAAUAAGUGUUUAUUUUGAUAAAAAAAAAUUAUGGAAGUUCAAACAUCAGAAGCGUUGAUUAUCAUUGGAGCACGGAAGUUUUUUGAUUUCCUUGUGGCUGUUCUUUCAUCUGAGUUUUUUUUUACGACUUCUGCUUUAUUUUUUUUCAUAGAAGCAUCUAGCCGAAGAUUAAUAAUAUAAGGUAGUCAGAAAGGCGUACUGAUUUUUUCCAAUUAAUACUGAAAGAAUAAUUACUGCAAGGAUAGUUUGAUGUUUAGUUAAUGAGAUGAAUACUGGUUUCUUCUCAAAGAAUAUUCUACGUAUUGAUUAUUGCAGAGGAUGAAAUGAUUUCUUUAAAGCUGAAUUUUUGUUUGCAUGGUUUGACAGUAUUGAGUUUCUUUGAAAUGUUGUGAUUGAACUUUGAGUUUUAUACUUUACUGUUAUAAACGAGGUUCUUUUUUGCAGAACGAGACGAUAACGUCGCAGAACUCAACGCAGUCUGAGCAGACGUCGCUGCGACGAAUCGUGAUUCGCCGCGAUGCCAGCAAAGAUCUCGGUCUUUCGAUCGCCGGAGGUCGCGACGAUCCUUAUAUCGAAGGCGACUCUGGAAUCUUUGUCACCAAAGUGAAUCCGGGAAGUGCCGCUGACAAGGCCGGAUUGAUGGUUGACGACAAGUUGAUCAGGUUGGUGACGUCAUAGAGGUAUUCUGAAGGCCUUCUCGACUUCAGAGCCAACGACAUCAGCGUCACGGAUGCGUCGCAGAAGGAAGCCGUCGCCGUGAUGAAGGCCGCCAGGGACAACGUCGAGCUUCUUGUUCGACGCUCGGAUUCUGCUCUGAACAGCUCUGCGUCGCUACAGGUACAUUUUUCCUUAUUCAAAAGCUGCUAAAAUGAACCAGCAAUGUGUGGCGUUCACUAUAGCUGAAGGUUUUUAAAGUUAGGCUUUUGGAAUUAAGCCUCUGAAUUGAGGUCUCGAAAUAACGCUAGGAAGGCUUUAAAAAACGAGCGUUUAGGCUGUCUUGUCUCAAAAACUCAUCAAGUUGUGCAAAAGCAGCGGAUAAACGUAGAGUAGGACUUCAGAAAAGAUCAAAAUUCUAAAAAUAUACUGCGCUAAUAGUUUUUUCAAAUUAUUCGCUCUUCUGAACUAUCAACUUAUUUUUUCUUCUUUUUUGUUUCAUAAUUUUGCAUGCCUAUUCCAACUCUGAACUCGUACAGGCUGUGAGAGAGAACGGCGGCGGAUCCCGCGAGAGCAUCUCGGCUUUGACCCACGGCUCCAACGGAAGAAUGACGUCAUCGCCGGCGACGUCUUCUAUAGGAAUGCCUCUGCGGCAGGAGACGCCGUCCUCCGUCGGAAGUCCGCCCCGAGGCUCGAUCAACGGACUCUACGCGGUGAGUAAACGGCCUCCGAUCACGACGACGUUCGGCUGCGAACCCGUCAACACACGAAUCUCUUGAGUUUCUCUCAGACUUCGGCUUUUCCGUUGAAAAUCGACUUUUCUUUUGAUUUUUUUUCAUUGGCUCCGAAGAGGAAAGCCACGAAAAAGGGCUCAGCGAUCGGAAUCCGUAGCUUGCUUUAACGCUUUACGAUGUCUAGUAGCGCAAGUCGUUUUUGGUAGGGUACAUCUUAUAGAAGCUGAGCCAUUCCACGUGCGACCAAGGAUUAGAAUUCAUUAUUUCUCGGCGGGUCGGUCGCACGGAGAAUUGCUCAUAGAGUCGCGAUUGAGUCCGUAGUGGGAUCUUAUGCUUAAAAGUUACUAAUGGCGCUUUUCCUGGUCAGGCGGCAUUUCGAAGUUGCUGAGCCAUUUCAAGUGCAACCAAGGGUUUUUUCCCAUUAUAAGGUCAAAAGACACCCGAAGCAACGGAAAAGUUGAACUUUUGAGUUUUUUAAAAUCCUUUUUAACUUUUUCGUUUGACCUUGCUGAGGAUUCUGGUGUGGGUAGGUGUUUGAGAAAUUUUGCCUUUUCUUAGUGAUUUUGGAAAGUUUUUGACAAGUAGGUCAAAAGUUAUUGGAUUACAUUUUUCAUAAUCUUAUCCUGAUCUUGUUUUUUUUCCGGUACUGAGCGCUUUUUUGCCGUAUAAUCAAAAGUUUCAAGUGCGCUCGACUAUUCACGGCUUCUGUUGGGGGGUGGAUUCAAUAGGAAAACGAGUGAGCGCUCAAAAACUUUUGGAACCUCACCAAGACGCGAAAGUCGCGAAAUGUCGGGCGCAGCUUUCAAUUGUCGAAUAAUAGUUCGUGCGGCCAUUAACGCUUUCAGUCGGACUGAAAAAGUUGAAAUUUCGGCUGUGAAAGAGGGUUUCCCCCCAGGUUUCAAAUUCAGGUCAUAUUUCAAAAAAUAAAUUUUUCCUACUAGAACUCAAACCUUGGCAACGUAAACCGGACGCGUUUGGACGUGUUUCAGCAAAUCUAGUGACCAUGAUAGCGUCGUCAUCACUCUUAAGGGAACCCUAGAGAUACUCACAAACGUCUGGUUUGCGUCACCGAGGCCGAGAUGGCCCCUUUUUUUGUGAUAAAAUUGUAAGAACCACUAGAAUGAGUCCUCCAAUUUUUUUCCUUAACUUUUAAAAAAAUAUCUCGUCGAUCUUUUUUUCUUUCAAGAAGCCCUUUCAUAGUUCGCGUUUUCUAAUGUAAAAAGUAUUUGAACAAAUAUUUUUUUAUUACUUACAUCUAACGGAUUUUUUUUAAUUUUUUUAUUCGAUCUGUGUAUGUUUGGAAUGGUCUGUCUCAUCGUUUCCUUGUCAAAAUGUUCAGUUUGCUGUGAUAUUUGUGUAUUUUCUUGCGGUGAUAAUACUUUAAUUAUCGAUUAGUAUAGAAUAUUAAUCAAUCAAAGUUUUUUUGAACUCUUUUUCUUCAUGUUCAUUGUGCUUAAUUUCCGAGAAUUCGAAAAUAUUAAAAUUUUUGAUUAUUUCUCUUGUUGUUCGAUUUUCUCCAAUCAUGCUCACCAGAUCAGAGGAAAAUUCAAGUGGCUUUUAGGGGGGACUCCUUAAGUGGCCACUAAAGAGUUUAAAACAAUUAAAUUAGGAUUUAACCUCUUUUCUUGAUGCGCUAGUUUUCAUAUCAAUGAAAAUGUCGCCUAAGUGGCCACUUGAACUUUCUUCUCAGUUGCCCUUCGACUUUUUGAACUGCGAUCAUUUCCAACCUGUGAUAUCUUUCAAUAUUUACUUUUAUUUCAUUUUUCUGCAAUGUAAGCUGCCUCGCCAAGCUUUACUCACGCUCAUUCCCCAGGAAAAUUCAAGCUUUUUUUUCUCAAUUUCUUUUUUGAAUUUCAUUCGGUUCGCCUUCAUUGUCAUACAAGAAUUCCAUGGAUUUUGAUGCGAAUGAAACUUGUUUUUAGUCCUUUUUUCGACAAGCAAAAUUUCGUCAGACGGAGCUUUGGAAAUCUUUCCGGGAAGGUUGGAGAAAUUUUUUUUGAUUUUUGGCGAGAAGUCAUUGGAAGCCCGAAGAGACCCCAGACACGAAGAAUUCAUCUCUUUCUUUGCGUCUCUUUGGGUGACCACGAUCACUCGCUUAAUUUAGUUUACAGGUUUUUAUGUUCCUUCGGUUGGAUUUCGCUUUUUUGUCCCUGACUGGCUUUGCAAUGAUGAUUUCGUAACUUUUUACCUAUCCUUCUAAUUUUUCAGUUGGAAUGUUGGGAGAAUAAUCGAAAUCCACCGCAGCAGCACAUCACUAGCCCGCCCAUUUUUCUGUACCGCAUUGUGUUGUUCUUUUCGGCUCACUCCCUUCUCCGGGCUUUUCCAACCUGUUUCAACUUGUAGUUUAUCCACGGCAAUUGCUAGAAAUCGAUUUGAGUGUCAUUUGGAGAAAUAAUUUCGUUGGAGCGCCUUUGCUCGAAUAACCGGGGAUUUACUGAAUUUGCACAUGUUCUUCGUGUUGUCGCCGCCCUGAAAUCACUGGUCAUUGUUUCUUUUUGAUAUUUUUACCCUCGUAGUUUUUCUAUUUUCUUUCCUUCUUCUUCUUUUUUUCACUAUUUUCUUCUCCCACUUCUAUUUUUAACAUUAUUUUUCCAUGAUUUUUUUUAAUAGUUUUUGCACGAUUUCGUUGUGAAUUUGUGCGCUUUUUUCUUCUCAUGAAAUUAAAACCUUUUUUCAAUUUAAAAAUUAUUAAAGAUUCUGUAAAAAUGCUUUUUAUUUUUCUAGGGAUAACAGUUCGCACUUUUUGAAUACACGAAAAAAAAUAGAUGCAUGCGCCUUUUUUGUGAUACUGACUGUGAUUAAUAUUUAUUUCACCUAAUUUUUCCUAAACUGGACACCCGCUUUCAUACCGCUUCCGCGUGUGGCCUUGAGCUUUUAUAUGCAGAGUAGGCUGGGGCCUGAUUCGUGUAUUGGUGCACUUCUUUAUCAACAAAAAGAAAAAUAGUUUAUGAAAAAUAAUUAGUUCUUCCUACAGGAAACCAAUGGAAGCAGUCUCCACGAUAUUCUGGACGAUGAGCACGACCUGAGAAUUCCGGAUCUCACUCUCAAUUCGGUGAGUUCGAGGUCGAGUUUCAAAAUAGUGGGAUAGUUAGAUAGAAAUUGGAUCGAAAUUUCAAGAAUUUAAACUUUUUUUCAAAAAAAUCGAAACUCAACUUCUACUCAAUGCUGGAUCCGUAAAAACGAAAAAUACUUCUGGUCACUCAAUAUAAUUUUGAGCUGUUCAUGAAAAUUCAUUCUUCAUUCAUUUUUCUAUUACAGACGAAAGACUCGUUCAAUCUGUCGAAGGAUGCCGAUUUUGAGAUGGAGCCGGCCAAUAGUCCGCUGCCCGCCGCCAUCCCGGAGCCGGUCAUGACGGUUAGUCGAAAUCCGUACAGUUUUCGAAAGAGUUUUGUUUUAGAAGCCAAAAUUGCCGCCGCCAGUCGCACCAAAACCGAUUUUGAAGCGACCACCGGUUUUGCCGCCUCAGGUACGCAAAAAGUCCAAUAUUCUACUUUUAUUCCUCAGUUGAGAAGCAUAGUUUAAUCAAGAGAGUUGCAAAAAUUGGAAAAGUUUGCUCCAAUGAUCAAUGUCUCUAACCGGCUCGCUUCGCGACAAAACUGUAAAAAAAAUAAUGGGCAUGGGCAAUCAACCAAUGGCAUAAACUUUCAAGAGUAUAGCUCGUAAGCUCUUUAAAUAGGAUAAUAGAUUCCUGAAACUGAAUUUCAUAAGAUUUCGUCCUGAUAAAUCAUUUAAGAGAUUGCAAACGCCAAAAAUAUUCUCGAAAAUACAGUAGUUUUUGUCUCAACCAUUUAAAAAAACUAAAAAAAAAAAAAAAGAAACUAAAAAAAAAAAAAAACCUCUAAAUAAUUUAAAAAAACUGUUGCACAAGUCCUACUUCUUCAAUGGAAAAUCAGGAAUUUACGGCUUUCAGGACCUCGACGUACCUGUCGCCAACGCCGAAAACGCGCCACCUGAGCGAAUGAACUUCGCCUCGAAACUGGAAAAAUUCAAGGCGAUCGACGUGAAAACGCCGCCAAAAUCUUUGCCGCCACCCGAGAAAAAGCCGCUUCUCUCCAUGCAGGACAUGCAGAAGCUCAAGGAGGAGGAAGUCAAGAAAUUGGCCAAAAAUGGCGGUUUGAUGUAUGGCAUGGAGCUGUCGCCCGAGAAGGAGAGCUACGACCAUUUCUUGGAGGAUUCGUUAGUUUUCCAGUUUUUUCUCUCCGGGACCUAAAAUAUUUUAUUCAUUUUGAACAAAACAAUUCAAAUUUUUUCCAUUAGGUGACAAACAUUGGAAUAUAGGAAAAAUUAAGUUACAAUACUUUUUUCACGUUUCAUGCUCUAAGUUUUGUUCAAAGCUGUUUUUUUGGGGGUUUUUUUAGAAAGAGAGCGGAAUAUUUUCGAAAAUGAGCGGUGAAUCAUCACAAGUUUCACAAAAAUCUUUAUUUCUGAGAGCACUCCAAAAAAAUAAUUUUUUUAUAUCGUUUCCUAUAUCUUGCACACCGUAAAUGUUCCUUCACAGGCCUCUUCCGCGACAGCCGUCAGUCAUUCGAACAAAAAAAGCUGAGAAUCGGGCCAUCGCUGCCGGUUUGAUAACAGCAAAUGAUGAAGGAUUGUCGGAAGAUGAAAGAAUGUUGGUUUUGGCAAGAGAAGGAAGAAAUUGAGGAUAUUUUGUUUAGAAAGAAGGAACAGCAGCAGAGGAGCGAAUGGCGUGCGGCUAGACUCAAAAGUCUCGAGCAGAGGAGCGCAGAUGCCGACGCUCUGAUGCAUCGUCUUCAGAUCUCCUCUCCGGUUUGUUCUGUACCUCAUUUUUAAAACAAAAUUUGGCCUUUUUUUUUAAGGUCCUAAGAAUGAACAAAUCAAAACUGCGGAAGGUGGACUGCUUGAAAUGUAAAGCCGAAAGAAUUAUGUUUUUUUAAGUAUUGAAAUUUUAUAUUUUUUCCUAAUGUUGCGUUCAAAGAGAAUUUGACACGCACUGCGAAACAAAUUUCUUGGUCUGACGGCUCGGGAUGAAACGCAGCAGUACACAGCUUCCCACAACAUGAUUGGAUGGCUCCUCCUUUUUAGAAAAAGCCGAAUGUAGUCUCCUUUUCAAAACGUUUAGCUAACCAAUUACGCUAUGUGAAUCUUCCGCGUUUGCAUGCGUUUUUCUCGUGCGUUUGAACGAGAAAAGCUUUUUUUUUCACCUAAGUCAAACUAAAUUCGAACCGGACAUGUAGCUCACACCGCACCAACUUGUCACGGUUUCCGUUUUUCUCUGAGGUGCAGAAGUCUUCUAUUCGAAGUGUUCGACCUUCAUCUUUGCAUGUGCCUUCGAUAUAACGGAAACUUUAGGCUAAAUAAAAGACGCAUGCACACUCGGACAUCGGUAACGCGAAUCGGACCUGCGGGGCAUUUUAAUGGCCGCUCAAUAGCGUCAGCACUCUUAAAUGAUCCAUAGAGUUGCUCAGAAACGUCUGGAGCACGUCACCAAUGUCCGAGCAGAAACAGGCUGAGCGCUCGAACUGAAUGAUUAUCUAGUUUGAAGGAAAACGAAAAUCGUUAAAAGCUGGCGCCGCCGAUGCCCCAUAAAAAUUAAUACUUUUAAAUAUAUACAGUUUUCUGUAGCUUUUUCUGUACAUUACCGUGAAGUCCGAACAGAAUUUACAAUUUUUGAUGCCAAGGAAAAUAUAUAUUUUUUCCAGAUUGCUGCAAAUGGCGACAUUCUGUUUGCCGACGAGUAA